AUGGAUACUCGUAGAAAGUCUCCCUUGAAGCCAUGGAAGAAAGGGCCAACCAGAGGGAAAGGUGGCCCCCAGAAUGCUACGUGUGAGUAUCGAGGCGUUCGGCAGAGAACAUGGGGAAAAUGGGUUGCUGAGAUAAGAGAGCCAAAGAAGAGAACCAGACUUUGGCUUGGUUCUUUUGCCACAGCUGAAGAAGCUGCCAUGGCUUAUGAUGAGGCUGCAAGGAGACUCUAUGGACCAGAUGCAUACCUUAAUCUUCCCCACCUCCAACCCAACACAAAUUCACCUAUCAAAUCUGGAAAGUUCAAAUGGUUGCCUUCAAAGAACUUCAUUUCAAUGUUUCCUUCUUGUGGAUUACUCAAUGUAAAUGCUCAACCUAGUGUUCAUUUAAUCCAUCAGAGGCUACAAGAGCUUAAGCAGAACGCAGUAGCAAGUCAAUCCCCUUCUAGUUCAUACAGUAGUCCAAAGGCAGAAAUUCAGAAUGUGGAUAGCAAAAAUCAUGCAAAAGAUGCUCAAACAUCACAGGAGAUGCUUGGAGAUCUUCAAGAGAAACCCCAGAUAGACCUCCAUGAGUUUCUUCAACAGCUGGGAAUUCUAAAAGAAGAAAGACAGACAGAAGGAACUGAUAGUGCAGGAAGUUCGACAGCGCCUGAAGCUGUGUGGAGAGAUAACAAUGAUCAACUGGGAGUGUUUUCUGACACGAGUGUUAACUGGGAGGCAUUGAUGGAGAUGCAUGGAAUUGCAGGUAUUCAAGAAUCAGAAGCCACCCAACUUGAAGCAUAUGAUCCAAAUGAUGAGCUUACUUUCUCAACCUCCAUUUGGAACUUUCCAGAUACAUAG